AUGACAGCAUCAUCACUAAGAGAAAGAAUUUGCCUGCAAGAACCACUAAGCAAAAUAAUACAUAAUUCCCCGAAAACGUUCUGGAAGCAGGUCAUGCAAGUGUGUCGAGAAAUCCUACUGGAUGAUGAAGAUGAAGGACAGACAAACCAAUUGGUCUACAGAAAAAUCAUUACGCAUCAAUUACUACAUUCUAAUGAGCAACCUACACCAGACAUGAAUGACUUAGUAGAUUAUCAUCAAUCGUCGCUCAAAAGAGAAAUUCAAGAAUCUAUUCAAAAACUAAGAAGUACCGGCCUGUACGACGACGCUCAGAUUGAAAGCAUCAUUUGUGCCAAAUCACACACCAGUUCGACGGCUCCACCAUCAAGAAGUGAUGAUUCGAAAUUGAUAGCAGCAGCAGCAGACUCUAACGAUAUAUCAAAAUAUGGUGGCGGAAAGCAAUCCCGAAAAUGGACACCUCAGGAUAUUAAAUUACUAUGGAAACUGAAACAAGAGCAGGGUUUAGACUGGGAUGAUAUUGCCCCUUUGCUUAAUCGUUCUGCACUGUCAUGUAAACAUAAGUUCCAGUGGAUGAUACGAGAAGAAGAAAAAGGAGAAAAAGAAGAAGAAGAUUUUACUGAAAGCGGAUCUCGAAAACGCGUCAAUUGGACCGACAAGGAGGACAGACUAUUAUGGAAUCUAAGAAUUGAACGAAAACUAGAUUGGGAAGUCAUUGUACGACAUUUUGAUAACCGCACAGUAUCUGCAUGUCUGAGUAGACUUGGUCGACUUUAUUCACAGUUUACAGAGGAGAAGGAGGAGCAACAGAAACAUGCACCAACCGCGAAAGACGCGUCAAAAAUACAGACCCCAAACACCAAAAGCUCCAAAAGCUCCAAAAGCUCCAAAAGCUCCAAAAGCCAAGACCUUUCCAAUAGAAAAUCAUCUCAACCUCAACCGCAAUGUCUAGAAUCGCGAGUCGGGUGGCCUUGGUCACCAGAGGAAGAAAAGUUGUUGUGGGAUCGCAGGUUAGUCGACAAUCUUGAUUGGGAUGUCAUUUUGCCGCUCUUUCCCACCCGGACAAGAUUGGGGGUUCAAACAAAGUACUAUGAACUUAAAGCCAAGCACCCUGGUGUGAGCUGCAAACGAUAUGCUUCUCUUUCUCAUUUUUCAAGAAAAGUCGCAGGUUUGUCAACUAGUCCUAAAGCCCCUAAGAUGCGGGCCAUUGCAACUUCAUCUAAUAAUAAAACCCCAGUUCUGAAAACCACUAAGCGGCCGGCCACUGCUCCAUCUAGUCACGCAACACCUCCAGUUUUGAAAACCCCUAAACGGCCCGCAACCGUACCUACAGAAUCAGAAGCUUUGCGCGAGUGCAUCGAGAUUGAUCUUACGCGGACGAGAUUAGCAAACUGUUUCGGGCCUCGGAACAUUGACAGUAUUUGUGACCGCAUUAAAAGCCACCCUGAUUUCGUUGAAAAUUUCUUAACUAUAGGCGAAAAGAGUUUAUUAACCGAGCAAGCCCGCCAAGGUAUCUCCGUAGAGGAGAUUUACUCUGAAUAUCCGAUGAGGUCAACGUCAUUUAUUGAUGUCAAAUAUAAGGAGAUUGCAUAUGCUAGUCUGAGGAAGCAGAAAUUUAAGAAUGAUGCCGAGAGAUUGUUGUAUGAAGCUGGUAUGGCAUUCAUUGGUGGCAACUCAUCUAGACGGAGGACAAAGAGAAGUGCUGGCAAUGAUUUCGAUCUCGACAAGCUUGAAGAAUUGGAACAAGAAGCACGAAAGAUUGAACCACCACCAAAAUCUUCCAUUGAUCCUGAAAUUGCUGCAGCUAGAGCCAAGGCAAGACUCGAAGCGCAAGAGAGAAAGAAUGCGGAAAGGAAACUUCGACUUGAAUUGGCGAAAGCUUACAGGUUAGCAAAUCCAGUCGACUCUUCCAGGAAAGCUAGAAAUCGGCUCCUAGGGAUCAAGCUAUUGGCUGAAAGUGCUGAAUAUUUCCAAACUAUAACAGGUGAUAAACAGAAAGUUCAAGAUGGGACCAAGAGGAAACGUACCCAAACCAUACUUUACUCGCCCCCUGUGGUUGAGGUCAAAUUUAAAGCUAGAGCUAGACAAGCACAAAAGUCGGAGUUGAAAAAGAUGCUCAAGGAGGAAGCUAGGUUGAAAAGGGAAUUGCAAAGGAAAUCAAAGAAGCUGGCAUCAAGGAAAAAGAGAAAGCUAAACAAGAAGGGGAGACACAGUUUUGAUGACGAGUAUGAGGAGUUUAGUGAUUUUGAUUUGCGCAGCGCGGAGCCAGAGUCGCAGCCGGAAGAAGAAGAGGAUCAUGUAAGUCCAUUUGAUCCACCCGAUAUCAAUGCCGAUGUAUUAGUGCCAUUGAAUGAUCGCAAGUUGUUUGUCAAGUCAGUUUAUGAAUCAGAUCAAGGGCCCAGAUUACCAGAAUUGAACUUUAGACACUUGCGUCAAGAUGAAACGGCAAAGCAAGCAAUGACAUCUGAGGACGAUGCGGUGUUGUAUGACGAUGAACUUGCUGCUGAUGUUGUUGGUUCGCAUCGAAGAUGUUAUCGUGACUUGCCCAUUUCCUUUCCGCAAUACACCACCUCCACGAACACUGCGUUAUCCAAUGGUGAUACAAAUAUAAAUUAUGCAAACAGUGUCAAGAUCCGGUUUUUGUUAUAUCCUCAACAUUGUGAACUGUAUGUGCUUGCUGAGCCAAAAGAUAACGAAUUGGACCCCGUGCAUGAGAUCAUCAAGGUGUUUAUGAUUCAUUAUGCAUUGUAUUUUGAUUAUUCUGCAGCGAUUAAAACCUACAUUAAUGAAUUGUGUCACAAGUUGGAAUUGGCAGUUGAAGAAAAUGAUUUUGGUGAGUUUAUGUAUAUUAUCGAUAGUUGGAACUCGUUGAUGUUGCAUUUAUCACCCAAUGAUGCCGCCGUGGCGCAAAUUUGUGCUGACAACAAUGAUUUGAAUGCUGGUGCUAAAUCACUACUCAAUGAGUCUGAAAUCAGACAUGUCAAAAUUGAGGAUUUGAAUUUGGACAUGUUUUAUAAUGAAAUUGCGUUUGAAUCAGUGAGUCCCGUUUAUGAACCAGUUCAAGGUGAAACUGAGGUCAUUGAAGAUGACAAGGAUGCCGAUAUCUCCAUUGGUAAAAUUGAACCGCCACCGCAAAUGCAAGUGCAAACCACAAACAAUUCCGGUGACAAGGAGCCACUACCACCACCACCAUCACAACAGGCAUGGACAAAGCCUAGCAAUUACAAUGCCGAUUUUUAUCAACGAUUACGCGAAAAGACAUCGUUAUCGCGUUAUGCCAUCCAACAAAUCCUCGUUCGCGUUUAUUCACGAGUCGUUUCGACCGAUUCGAGGAAAUUGCGAUCCUACAAGGCCUUCACUGCUGAAGUAUACGGCGAAUUGCUUCCUUCAUUCACAAGUGAAGUUUUGGAAAAAGUGCAAUUGAAACCCACGCAGAAAUUUUAUGAUUUGGGGUCCGGGGUUGGCAACACUACAUUACAAGCGGCAUUGGAAUUUGGUGCUAGUAGUUCAGGCGGAUGUGAAAUCAUGGACCAUGCUUCGCAUUUAACGAUGUUGCAGGAAAAUUUGAUUCAGAAAUACAUGGCAUUAUUUGGAUUAUCGCCAUUGAAUUUGAAGUUUGCCUUGAAACAAUCAUUUGUCAAUAAUGACCAAGUGCGUCAAGAUUGUCUUGCUUCAGAUGUAUUAAUCAUCAACAAUUAUUUAUUCGAUGGCGAAUUGAAUGAUGCAGUGGGCAAAUUACUCUAUGGAAUCAAACCAGGGACCAAGAUUAUCAGUUUAAGAAACUUCAUUAGCCCCAGGUAUAGAGCCAGUUUCAAUACUGCAUUUGAUUUCUUUUCGGUAGAGAAGCACGAAAUGAGUGAUAUUAUGUCGGUUAGUUGGACAGCCAAUAAGGUGCCGUAUUAUAUCUCAACGGUGGAGGAGACUAUUAGGCCCGAGUAUUUGGGCAGAGAAGAGUUGUUGGGGGAGUUGUUGUUUCAUUCAGGUGCAUUGUCGAAAUCGACGACUCCUUCUUUAACCGAUGGCAGGAUUGAUCGUGAUGAUGAAGAUGAAGGAAGUGAAAAGAGUAUGCAGAGCGGAAGAGGUGGUGAAGGUGGUGAAAGUGGCGGUAGAGAUAAUGUUGUAGGUAUUAGUGGCGGAGUAAUUCUUGGUGACGUGAACGGAGGCGAGCUGACUCCACCCACUGAUCAUAAUUCUGAGCCAGAAAAUGGCAAACCUAAUUGA